AUGGCCAGCAAGAACCUCUACUACCGCCGGCUGGUGGCGGACUCAGGCGCCAAAGCUUGCUGGGUGUGCUACAGGCCCAGCUCUACGGUUUUGAUCUCAGAGGACCAGAACGAUUGGUUCUACGUAUGCCCAGGACACUUGAAUGACACCAAGUUUGCUAUACCAAAGGAUGGAGAGGAUCUCGCUAAGAAAAAGCGCGAUGAGGAGAUUGAGAAGGAAAUCGAAGCAGUGAAGAAAGAGUUCGAGGAGAAGAUGCGUAAGAAGCUCGACCGAAGAAAGCGGAAGGAGUAUGAAAAAGAUGGAGGCAAGCCAAAGGAGAAAGGAAAGGAUGAAACCGAGGAUGCGAAGGACGAGGAAGAGAAAGCAGAGAAGCUCAAGGAGUUGGAGAAAAAGAAAGAACCAGAGAAGGCUAAGGUUGAGGGCAACCGCAUAUUCGAGCUGCACAAGCACUUCUUCACGAUGCGGAUACAAAAGAAACGCGACGCGGAGCAGACGAAGAGGACUCGAGACCGACUGCGCAAUCCAACCUCUUUUCCGAGCGUGCCAUCAGGAGAACCUUGA